AUGAUUUCUCAAGUCAUAUUUGUGCUGACAAUCAUGGCGGCUAUAUUGCUAUUGUCAACUGAAAUUACCUCGUUACCACCACCCCUGCCGACUGCCGCCUGCCCCAAAACCUGCGGGAAUGUAAGCAUCCCUUUCCCUUUUGGCACGACUCCCAACUGCAGCCUCGACCACUCUUUCCUCGUCGAAUGCGAUCGAAACUCAAAGCCCUUCCUCAAUGCGGGCCCCGCCGAGAUCCUCGGCAUAACCCUCGACGGCCUAAUGAGAAUCAAAUCCUCGGUCGCCACCGACUGCUACGACCGCUUAGGCUCCCAAGUCAACUCCACCACCUCCGAGCUGUCUUUAUCCAAGUUCACCAUUUCGGGCAAGCUGAACAAGUUCAUGGCCGUCGGGUGCGACAUUCACGCGCUCCUCCAGGGGUCCCACCGAGUGAGUGUCGGGUGCGCCUCGUGGUGCGGUGGGAUUAGUAGCGUCGUUAACGGAACUUGCUGGGGGAUGAACGGGUGCUGCUGGACUUCCAUUCCCAAAGGGGUGAGCGACCUUUUGGUGGACAUUCGGAGUUUUAGAAACCGCACAAAGGUCAACACGUGUGGAUACGCGUUUGUGGUCGAGGAAGGGGCUUACGAGUUUGUGCCCACGGAUCUCGGGAGUUUGGGGCACGGGAAGAGCUUGCCCGUCGUUGUCGAGUGGUUCGUGGGGAAUGUGAGUUGCCGGGAAGCCCGGGAAAGCGGGCCGGGAUUCGCUUGCCGGGCGAACCACAGUGAUUGUCGUGAUUCGGAGAUCGGAGUGGGGUAUAUUUGCGAGUGUUUGGGAGGGUUUGAGGGCAAUCCUUACCUAGCUGAUGGCUGUCGAGAUAUCAAUGAAUGUGUUGCUUUCCAACCCUGUGAAGGGCCGUGCGAGAAUUUGGAGGGAAGCUACUCAUGUUCAUGUCCGGAGGGAUUCCAAGGAGACGGGAAAAAAGAUGGUACCGGCUGCUAUCCUCAUCUUAAUGAUUCCCCUCGAAUUAUCAAUGGUCCUCCCCUGUUCAUCAUCUACAUUGCUUUAGGAUUCAUAAUUCCUGCUGUUGUGGCUAGUUUGUGGAUAUUCAGAAGUAGCAAGGAAAACAAAUCCGACAGAUUCAGACGAGAUCUAUUCAUAAGAAAUGGCGGAGACAUCCUGAAAAACACGAAGCAGGUUCAAGAAACAGUCUCUGUCUUCACGGCACAAGACAUCCAGACAGCCACGAACAAUUGCGACCGCAACAACAAGGUCUCUAAGGAAGCCGGUGCAAAUGAGACUUACACAGGAACAUUAGAAAGCGGUGAUCAGGUAACAAUAGAGAUUCAAAAAUUAGGCGAUGGGGAAGCCGAGGCUUUCAUUGCCCGGAUUGUCGCCCUCUCUCAAAUCGACAGCUACUAUUCAGUAAAACUCGUCGGCUGCUGUUUGGAGACGAAUGACCCGAUGGUCAUCUACGAAGGUAUCACCACCACGACCAAGACCCUCAAAGACCACAUCCUUGACGACGACCUGGCGCGCACUCUUUCGUGGAGAGUCCGUUUGAGGAUAGCAAUGGAAACAGCCGACGUGCUUGAGGAAUUGCAUCCGGUUAUCCACGGGAGGCUUAGUAGCUCAAGGAUUUUACUGCUCGACGACCACAACAUGAAAUUGUGCGAUUUCGCGAUAACGUGGCCUGAGGUACAGACAGAAGAGAGUGAUGACGUCUACAGUUUUGGAGUGGUGCUGGUGGAGCUAUUGAUAGGGGAAGAUCUUAAUUUGGUCCAGAACUUUGUGGAGUCGGUUAGAGGGGACAACUUGGUUAGGAUCUUGGACAGUCGUUUGGAGGCGUGUGGUGAAGUUGAGGUUGAAAUGUUGAUGCGAGUUGGAAAACUUGCCGACAAGUGCUUAGUGUGCUCGUCCCACCGGAUGACACUGACUAUGAAGGAAGUCGCAGCCGAGUUGAUGGACCUUCAAAUCAAGAACUUCGUGGAAGAUGAGGAAACAGAAACCUCGUCCAUGGAAAUGUGCUGUUCAAUGGACUACAACGAUGUGUCUAUAGAUAGCGACUGGUUAUUUAUAGAUAGCGACUGGUUUGAGAAGGACAGGGAGGAAAACCCAAACCUCGAUGAUGGUGGCUCGGGGAGGAGGGCCGGCACUGGAGAGGGUCUCAACCUGCGGCACAGGAAGCCGUCGUUCGAGGCCCAGAAAGCAGGCCAGGCCCAAAGAAUUUUCAACACACUCUUCUUUUCCCGCCGCGGGCCAAAGCCCUUCCUUAAUGCGGGCCCCGCCGAGAUCCUCGGCAUAACCCUUGACGGCCUAAUGAGAAUCAAAUCCUCGGUUGCCGCCGACUGCUACGACCGCUCGGGCUCUCGACUCUACUCCACCACCUCCGAGCUGUCUUUAUCCAAGUUCACCAUUUCGGGUAAAUUGAACAAGUUCAUGGCCGUUGGGUGCGACAUUCACGCGCUCGUCAGGGGGUCCCACGGCUGGAACCAAAUGAGUGUCGGGUGCGCCUCGUGGUGCAGUGGGAUCAAUAGCGUGGUUAACGGGACUUGCCGGGGGCCGACCGGACGUAGCAAGGAAAACAAAUCCGCCAGAUUGAAACGAGAUCUGUUCAUCAGAAACGGCGGCGACAUCCUGAAAAACAUGCAGCAGGUUCACAAAACGGUCUCUGUCUUCACGGCGCAAGACAUCCAGACAGCCACGAACAAUUACGACUGCAACAACAAGCUCUACAAGGAAGCCGGUGCAAAUGAGACUUACAAAGGAACACUAGAAAGCGGUCCGACGAAUCACCCGAUGGUCGUCUACGAAGGUAACACCACCACGGCCAAGACCCUCAAAGACCACAUCCGUGACGAUGACCUUGCGCGCGUUCUUUCGUGGAGUGUCCGUUUGAGGAUAGCCUCGAAAAUGGCCAGGGUGCUUGCGGACUUGCAUCAUGUGUCUCCGUCGUUUCCGUCACCAGUUAUCCACGGGAGGGUUAGUAGCUCUGCGAUUUUACUGCUUCGCGACUACGAGGUGAAAUUGUGCGAUUUUGUGUGGCCUGAGCAUUUUGUGGAGUCGGUUAGAGGGGACGUAUUGGUUAGGAUCUUGGACAGUCAUUUUGAGGCAUGUGGUGAGGUUGAACGGCUGAUGCAAGUUGGAAAACUUGCCGAGAAGUGCUUAGCGUGCUCGUCAAUGGGUACUCCGACAAUGGAGGAAGUCACAGCCAAGUUGCUGAACCUCAUUGGACCAGAGAAGACGCGCUUGAUGUUGUUGCAGGUCUUUGACGUGGAAACAAAGACCUCGUCUACUGAAAUGGAGGACGACGUGGAGUUUACGGAUGGGUUUUUGGCCGACGGUGGAGCGGGCUCCAACCUACGACGCAGGAAGAGACCGCUCAAGGCCCAGAAAGCCGGCCCGGCCCAAAGGUUCGAGGAAAGCCAGUCCCAGUACUGA